AUGUCUGUUGUAACGAAAGCUGCAAAGCGAACCCCAUUUGGUACAAUGGGUGGUGUAUUCACUAAUAAAAGUGCAACUGAUUUAUCAAUUGUUGCUGUAAAAUCUGCUUUGCAAUCUGCAAAAUUGAAUCCUGAAAAAAUAGAUAGUGUUGUGUUUGGACAUGUAUUACCUUUAUCAUCUGCUGAUGGUGUAUUCUUAGCACGUCAUGUUGCAUUGAAAUCUGGUAUUCCUUUGGAGAAGCCAGCUUUUUCAGUAAAUAGAUUAUGUGGAUCUGGAUUUCAAUCAAUUAUUAAUGGUGCACAGAGUAUCUUAUCAGGAGAGUCUAAAAUAGUUUUAACAGGUGGUGCAGAAAAUAUGAGUCAAUCUCCUUUUGUUGUAAGAAAUGUUCGAUUUGGAACAUUUUUAGGACAGAAGUACGAUUUCGAGGAUUCUUUGUGGCUUGGAUUACUUGAUACUCAUUGUAAUUUACCCAUGGGAGCAACUGCAGAAAAGCUUGGAUCUCAGUAUGGUUUGAAAAGACAGGAGGUAGAUGAAUUUGCUUUAAGAAGUCAACAAUUGUGGAAAGCUGCCAAUGAUGCUGGUCGUUUCAAGGAAGAAAUUGCACCUGUAACAGUAACUGUAAAAAGACAAGAUGUUGUUGUUAAUACAGAUGAACAUCCACGUCCUCAAACAACUAUUCAAAGUUUAACUAAGUUAGCUCCUGUUUUCAAGAAGGAUGGUUUAGUUACAGCUGGAUCUGCAUCUGGUAUUUCUGAUGGUGCAGCAGUUGUUAUCUUAGCUAGCGAAGAAGCCGUAAAAACGGAAAGUCUUACACCACUGGCACGUUUGGUAGGAUACAGUGUGGUAGGUGUAGAACCUAGUAUUAUGGGAAUUGGACCAUCUCCAGCUAUCAAACAACUUCUUGAAAUCACAAAUAAAAAUUUGAGCGAUGUCGAACUUGUUGAGAUUAACGAAGCGUUCGGAGCUCAAACAUUAGCAUGUGCUAAGGAUUUAGAACUGGAUAUUAAUAAAUUAAACGUGGAUGGUGGAGCUAUUGCUGUUGGACAUCCAUUGGGUGCAUCUGGUAGUAGAAUUACCGCACAUUUAGUACACGAAUUAAGGAGACGAAAUAGUGGAAAAUUAGGAGUUGGUUCUGCUUGCAUUGGUGGAGGUCAAGGAAUAGCCGUGAUGGUAGAAGUUCUUUAAUCAUAUAUGAAUGAUUAUAAUGAUUAUAAAACGUGAUAUGAAAUACGAAUUGUGCAAUGAAUACCGGAGAGAUAUGUGAGUUAUAAAACGCGUAUUUAUAUUUUUAUAUUUGUUAUUUCGUA